AUGCUGGGCCCGGGGCCAAAGUUGGGGGCGGCCGUCAGAUUCAGAGAGAAGGCGUCCUGGGCAUCCUUGGUGUGGGCGUCCCCGACGUUGGCGUUGGCUCGGAGGGUCUCGGCGAUCCUGGUACCGAGGCUACGAUGCACGGUCCGGGAGCGCGCGCGAGGAGCUCGGGCCCGUGCGCCCUCGUCGACCAAUGCCAGGGCGAUGGAGCUGGCGCAGGCGAAGGCGGAGCUGGAAACUGAGCAGGAGCUGUGGGCUGCGCGUUUGCCGGGGGAUGGCGCUUACAGGUUGGGACAGGUGCCCGGCGUGUUGGAUCUUUGCCUUCCAAGGAGCAAGGAACAGGGCAUUUGUAACGUGGUCACAGAGGGCGACGACUCCCUCUUGCUCCUUGCUCCUGGCAAGACGCCAGAGCAUCUGCCAGCCGUCGCCCAGGAAUUCAUGAGAGAGUUGGGAGGGUCCUUCGUACUACACAGGCUGACUCUGGGGUACGAGCAACUCACUUACAAGCAGGCCCUCAGCCGUUUGCUGCCCCCGUGGGUCAGCGUACCCAGCGGCUACGAGGUGGUGGGGCACAUUGCUCACUUCAACCUGCAAGAGCAGCAUUGGCCACAUCGCACCUUGAUCGGCCAAAUCUGUUUGGAGAAGCGGGGGGUCAGGACUGUAGUGGCCAAGCUGGGGAAGGUCUCUAACCUGUUCCGGACCUUUGAAAUGGAAGUCAUUGCGGGUGAGGCUGACACAUACGUCCGAAUUCAAGAGCACGGCCUGCGGCUUCACUUUGACUUCCAGGAGGUCUACUGGAACUCGCGGCUGGCGGCGGAGCGGGGGCACGUGGCAGCGGGCCUGGGCCACGGCGAGCUGCUGCUGGACCUCUGCUGCGGUGUCGGGGCGCUGGCGCUGCUCGCGGCCAGGAAAGGCUGCCACGUCAUUGCCAAUGACUUGAAUCCUGCCGCAGCGGAAGCUGUUGAGCGGAACGCCAAGCUGAAUCAUGCCAAUGUCCACGUCUUGUGUAUGGACGCGCGGGAGUUGCUACCCAUAGCUCUGCGGGGUGCUUGGGAGGAGCUUGCUGCCAUUCCGGAAGUGCCUUUGGUCCACUUAGUCCUCAACCUACCCGAGACUGCCCUCGAGCUGUUCUCCGAAGCUCUGCCCCGCGUGAGCCAAGCUGGAGUCCUCUGCCGGGUGCAUUGUUACGCCUUCGACUACAGCGAGCUGGCCUUGUCGGAAAGAUUGGCUUCGUUAUCGGUCAAGGCUGUGAGCAUCCGCCGGGUGCGCUUCGUGUCACCCGCCAAGGCCAUGUAUUGCGUGGAGCUCGAGCUCCGGAUCCCGAAGCCCCCAAAACUGCCGCGAAACGGCGCCAGAGGGGCGCCAAGCGGGGUGAGCAUUUGGAGAGCACCGGUCCGUGGGUCCCUGGCCCGUCAGGAGCUCUCGCAGCUGCUGGCAGCUGAAGUGCCUCGACAGCGGGCAACGAUUUGCCUCUCGACGCUGACGUGCCUGCCCACUGCUCAAGCCAAGGAUGCCCUGUUUGGCCUGUCAAUCUUGGCCAUGUCUUGGGGUGCCAACGGAGCCAAGGUCAACGAUUUGCUGCAGUGGUGCGCAAGCUGCCAAAUCAAUCUCAAGCCCUUUGUGCAGUUUGUCCAUUACGUGCCGUUGGCAACCUUCCACAGCGCCGGGUACUGGGCCAUGCUGGGCCUGGUCGCGUGGUUCGCAGCGCUGGCAGCUACCGAGGCCAAUCCGGCCGGCUGCGCCAUUUCGCAGCCUCGGCGGCUUCGCCGCUGGUGCAUGAGCAUCUCGGAGGUGAUCUUCACCUACGACGAGAAUCGGCACCUCGCUCUCAAGGAGCUGGACGGUGCCUUCGUAUCACCGCCUAAGAGCACGUGGCGGUUGGCGAGGUCUAGGCGGCGGAGACCGGGGACCGAGCCACAACCUUCGCUCACUGGAAGAAGAACCAAGCUGAUCCACUUCGCCCUCUUGCUCUACAGCCUCAUCGUGGCAGGCAUGGCGAUGCCCUCCGGCGGCGGAGGAAUACCACUGACGGAGUUCCGGCGAGACCUUCCUCCUGGAUGGGAACCAGGAGAUCCGAACUACACGCUGACCACCUACUUCCAGCGACUUCGACUGUGGUAUCGCCAGACGGAGGUGCCCGAUGAGUGCGUGGGCCCCAUCGUGGCCGGGAGGCUCGGGCCACGAGCUCAAAGAGUGGCCCUUGAGCUCAGGCUUGUCAGGCCUGACGGCCAGGUGGACGUGGGCGACGCGGCACUGGUUCGCCUGAGCGUGGACGAAGUCAGAGAUCCGGCUGACCCCACGCAGAUCCUCCAGCAUGCAAUCCCGAGCGGAGUGCAAGCACUUUGCAAUGCGCUCCGAGCUGCUUUUGGCCAGUCGGAUGAGCAGCUCCUCACGAAGGCGCUGGAAGCCUUCUUCGACUUCAAGAGGAAGAACGCCAUGACGUUGCAGGAGUUCUCACUGGAGUGGGACUUGCGGUUUGAGGAGGCGCAGACGCGUGCAGGCCUGGACAUGAACAUGGUGGGUCGAUCGUACCUCUGGCUGAAACAGAGCAACAUGAGCCAGAAGUUCUGCGAUGACCUCAAACUGCAGGUGCAGGGCGACAUGUCCCGUUUCAAUGACAUCAGGGCCCUGGCACUGCGACUUGCUCACCAACACGCAGAUGGACACAAGGGGGACAUCUUCUAUGGCGAGGACUCCCGCACCGAGGAGCACGAGAUGGACCCCAACAGCGAGGACUACUUCGAUUACCAGGCCGCUGACUCGAUGUACUACUGGUACGAUGGAGAUGAUUGGUGGAGUCCUGACCACGACUACCAGGACUACUUCGAGGACUACACUACCGAGGACUGGUGGUACGAUGAGUCUGAGUGGCAGGGAGAUGCAACUGCGGACCAAGCCACCUCAUGGACGGCAGACUUCGACAAGCCCGACUCGGAGAACCAAGACCCAGAGAAUGCGGAGGUCUAUGGCAAGGGCUUCAACAAGGGCAAAGGCAACGCAGGAGCCAAGAACCUCAGCUUCUCCUUCCACGUUGGCCUCUACAAGACCGAGGGCGACAGCGUCGAUGAGGUCUACCACACAGUCGGCGGCCAUCGCCGACGAGGACUCAUCAUCGACCCUGGAGCAGCCAACAGCCUGGUUGGCACGGAAACUCUGAGGGAUCUGGUCGACCACUGCGACCAGUCCAGCGUCAUCAAGACAAGCAUGCAGUGGCAGGAGAAGCAAGCGGAGGUCACUGGCAUCUCGGGCCAGUCAGACCCUAUCUUGGGCCAGGUCACUAUGCCACUCCCGAUGUUCGAGGAACUGCGCGAGGCAACCUACACCGCGGACGUCAUCGGGGGCAACGCCUCACUAUGCCCUGCGCUGGUGGGGAACCCAGGUUUGGUAGGCAUGAGAGCCGUGAUAGCCUCUGCCUGGUUCCAGAACAACGACGGCCUGCUCAUCUUACCCACGGACAAGGAGAUGAAGACCUUCAGUCUCUAUAGGCUGUUGUUGACGGACUCCAAGCACUAUUUGCUGCCGGUCGACGGCAAGAUGCAUUCAGAGAAUGAGGAGCACCGCAAGGCAGCCACCUUCCUCUCCAAAGUCCAGGAGCAGUCCGCGAAGAGAUGGUCGGACACGAAGUACAGUGUCUGGCACUCUGAUGGAAAGAGCCCAGGACGGAAGCGGAGUGAACCUCAUGAACUACCAUCUGGAAAGCAAGAGCACCUCUCCAUCGUGGACGGCACGGACCUGGAACCCGAGGACUACUGGACGGUGGACUUCGGUGAUGACGGACCGAUCAGAGUCACAAGAGUCCAUCGACGACCGAGGAUGGCAUUCUUCUUGCCCACGGACGUGGAGCUACCUCCAGGCGUAGAAGCCGAUCUACUACAAGAUGGGAGAUCCACAGAAGUGCAGCCACGAGACGGUCAACCAGCACACGACGUCUUCGACAACUGGCGCACCAACAAUCCCGUGAAUCCCUUCACUUGGACCGGCUUCACGCACUUCACACUUCGAGAGGACACCACUCAUGCAGCACCAUCACCGGAACAGGAGUCACCUGACUCUCCACCGGAAGCAGUCCACAGCAACCCCAAGGACAACCAGCACGACCAGAACCACAAGGAUUACCACCGCACUGCCCCAGAUGAGUGCUACUUCAACUUGCCAUCUGCUUACCCCGGAGAUGACAUACCUCACGAACUACCAGCACAGAAGCAGCAGCAACUUCGGAGGCAGUACAAGUUGAUGCCAGAGGAGUACUACCAGCACACCGGGAAGCGAGUCAUCAAGCCCGACAACUACCACCAGUGGGCGAGCUCUCGCUCACGCAAGAAGUGCAACUUCUGGGAGAUCUGCUCAGGAAGUUCGCGGCUCUCCUUGUUGGCCCUCAUCAGCGGGCUGAUGGUUGCGUUCCCAGUAGACCUCAGAUAUGGCUGGGACAUUGGCAACAAGCACCAUCAGGAACUGCUACUACACGCUCAAGACCUGAUCGAUCCCGACGUGAUCCUUAUGUCGCCCAACUGCAGGCCUUGGUCUAUCUCGGCCAAUCGGAAGAAGCCAGAGGACCGUGAUCGAGAUCGAGGAGAAGAAUUUGAGUCUCUGUGUUUUCUUCUUCGGAUGGCCGAACGGCAGGCAGACAAGGGGAAAGCCUUCAUCCUGGAGCAGCCCUUCUCUUCGGCUAUGUGGACGCUCUCGCCUAUGGCAAGGUUGAGAGACAUUGAGGGAUGUCGGUCAAGGCAGCGGGUUGACCAAUGCAUGCAUGGAGCCUGCGAUGAGAACCGCAUCCCCAUUAUGAAGCCGACCGGACUGCAAGCCAACAUGGCGCUGCGCAACUCGUGCAAGCGAUGCCAAGGAAGACAUCGCGAUCACUCUCAACUUCAAGGAUCAGACCACCUCGGCCGGCAGCGCACCAUCAUGGCGGCGGUCUACCCCCGGGGCUUCUGCAAGGCCAUCAUAGCCGACAUCAAGAAGUUCAUCGGCAAACCCAGUCGAGGACAUGAGGACUACCAUAUCUACUACAAGUGCGACAAGUGCCGACUGGGCAGAGAAGCUCCUCCAGGGACCGAGCACAGUCUGGUGCCCAGAGAGUGCCGGCAUGCAUCCUCACUGCCUACACCGGGGACCUCAUCGGCCAAGGUCUCCAGGAAUGUCACCACUACACUUCCAGACCUCAUGGAGCAGUUCAAGAGGGAAGCCAUGCGGCAUCCUACGAUCCAUGACGUCAAGCUCACCAUGGAUUAUGAGAUGCCGGCGAUCGACACGCUCAUGCUGAAACUGCUCUUCCUGAAGGUAGUGGAGGAAGGCGUGAACAUCAUUGAGGCCCACAAGCAGAAGUACCGGCACUGGACGGAGGAUCCGGUCUACUUGGCCAUCGCUCGCAAGAUCUUCAAGAAGGUCCUGGAUGUGAAGGGCAUCUGCUGCACCCUUCACGACGACGAGAUCCCUGUUCCAAUGCCGUACCUUCGCACGGCAUCUGCACCGCUGCGGUUGGUCUUCAAGGGCGACGUCAAGUGCUGGACUGCCCUCACCUUGGAGGACAUCAGAACGCUCAGCCAACCGCGAACCAAGAUCAUGCACGAUGGCUGGCUGAUAGCCCUCUUUGGAUCUGCUCCGAAUGAUCAAGAUCACUGGGAGAUCGACGAGGCUGCUGGCAUACUACGGAGGCACCACGUCAAGGCGCGCCUAGACAUGUUUGUGCCCACCAGCAUUGCCUGCCCGAUCCCCACGGAGCAGCUCGCGGAAGAGAGACGAACCGUCGCAGACCCCUACGACAAGGCGGGCUCGAAGCUGGUGAUCUCCGACACCUGGACACGCAGGGACAGCUAUCGCCACCUCAUGGGCGAAGACCGAUGGACCGGAGUUACCGAGUUCAAGGUAGUCCAGGAGAAGGCCGAUGAAGAGGAGAUCACGGACCCGGUACAGCGCCUGGCGGAGGAAUCGGAGAAGCAACAGGCUCAGGAGGAGGAAGAAGAUACUACCAUGGACAUCGCAGAGGGUGACUCGGACCAGGGCGUCAUCAGAGCACCCAUGAAUCCACUCUACGACUUCAGGCGAGUUCUUCACCGGCUUCCGCGACUUGCCGAGCAUGACCAUCUACAGGCCGAAAGGCUACUUCUCGGCCUUCACGAAAGAUUCUGGCACGCGGGAGUUGGCGACAUGACGAACCUGCUGAUCAGAGCCGGCAUGCCCAAGUCAGUGAUCGGCAUGAUCUCCAAAUCAGUGGCACAAUGCAAGGUUUGCAACCGGUUCACACGGUUGCCCAACCGACCACAGGUCAAGACGGGCCACGUGACUACGUUCAACCAGGAGAUCCAGGUGGACUUCUUCUUUCUCUGGGAGAACACGUUCAUGCUGAUCAUCGACGUGGCCACCCGGUACAAGACAGCAGUCAGAGUCACGAGCCGGGAGCUGCGUCCUACUUUGAGGACGCUGAUGACCAACUGGUUCAGAUGGUUUGGACCUCCAAGGACCAUCACCUGUGACCAGGAAUCUUGCCUCAUGAGUCACGAGGCAGGCGCUGAGAUGGAGCGACUCAACAUCCGACGGAACCCUUCCGGAACUACGAAGGGAACCGCCUCAUCUCAGAAGACAGCAACCGGACUGGUCGAGAAGCAUGUGGACCUGACGAAGCUGGUCAUGCUGAAGACCAAGGCAGAGCUCGAGAGACAGGUCGCCGAGGUGGACUACGGCGACAUUGCCAUGGAAGCCGCCAUGGCGCAGAACCUGACCCUCAACCUUGGUGGGUACACUCCACACAUGUGCGUCACAGGCGCACUGCCUUUUCCGUUCUACGACGUGGACUCUGUGGGACUGCAAUCUGUCCACGGCACCACAGAUCAGAUGGCCAUCUCCGUCUACGAGCAAGCACUACGACUCAGGCAGGCAGCGCUCACCGCAGCCACGCAGAGCAUCAUGGAGUCACGACUGGUGCGGGCUGGACGCACGAGACCUCAGCAAGUACCUGUCGGAAAGCUGAAGCCAGGCAUCUCCGAAGUGGAGUUCCACCGCGAAGGCAUGGAUGACUUCGGCUGGCGAGGACCGGCUACGCUCCUCAAGAUUGGGGACGGCAACGCGAUCAUCGAGUACCAGGGGAAACCAUACCUCAUUCCUCUUCGGUGUCUACGGCACUUCCGUGGAGUCUUCUUCGUUGACGAGUUGGAGGACCAGCAGAAAGAGAUGGACUCCUGGAGAGCGCUGAGGAGGAUCAUGAAGUACGUGGAGAACCUGAGUCCCUACAAGGAGCACACUCUCGGCUACAUCAACCACCACAACAAGUGGAUCCAGAUGCCCCGCGACAUGGUGAACUCGGAACGCGAGAACCUUCUCAGCGACAUCCAGAUGGCGUCCAAGUUUGUCAUGGAUGACCAGUGUCACGGGAUGCGAGCAGGAGUUGGGUUGAAGAAGCUGAAUACGCCCGGCAACACCCAGGGCGUGUUGAUCUGCUGGCCGAAGAACACAAAUCGGCUCACGUUCCUUGAGAACCCCAACAGCAAGACCAUGAUCGUCAAGAAGCUCUCUAGCAUGCAUAGAGACGACGUGUGCAUGCUCUACCUGUAUCACUACGGCGACAAGCAGUUGGAGGAGGAACCACGCAGUCAACCACCACCACAUCAACCUCAACCACCAGCAAGCAUGGAUGUGGACAAUCAAGGUGCCGGACGAGCGGACAAGAGGUCUGGCACAGACACCAGGACAGUCACUUUUGGACCGGAGGCGAAGAAGCAGAAGUACGCCUACACUGACUAUGGUGAUCGAGUGCAAGAGGCAUUUCUAUCAAUGCACCAGAGACGCUGGGAAACACAGCUACCUGCGGAAGAACCAUCAGGAGAUGAAGCCUCACCUUGCACUACCACCACAAAUCCACCACAACAGGAGACGCCUAACUACACCACCGAGCACACCUUGACAGCCACCAACCUCUUCACCAUGCACGGCACUAACGCCGACAAGUACUACGCGGACAUCCGCAAGGGCGGCAUCUUCAGAGUCGACACAAGCACCGACUCGAUCCAUGAAGACCAGGUGUACGGAAUCUGGGAUCAAGUGGAUGCCGCGGACAAGAAAGAGGUUUCGCAAUUCCUUCAGGAGAAAGCCUUCAAGAAGGUGAAGCGCUCAGAUCUUGGCAAGGACGCCAUACUGAUCGACGCGAUAUGGGUGAGAAAAUGGAAGAAGCAAGAGGCUUCUCGGGUGGUGAAGUCACGGCUUUGUGCUCGAGGAUGCCACGACCCCUUCAAGCAGGAGAUGUCGAACAGGAGCACGACGGCCACUCGACUCUCGCAACGGCUUCUGGUUAUCACUGCCACAAACAAGCGGGAGCCCAUCGAGAGUUGGGACGUGGCUGGAGCGUUUCUGAAGGGACUGACCUACGACAAGCUCUACAAGCGCCUCAAGGAGCUGGGCAUCAAGACAGUUGAAAGGGUAGUUGCCAUUGUGGUGCCAGCAAAUGUUUGGAGACACCUCGGGGAGAUGGACCGGGAGUUCUACCUGAAGCCAGGUGAGGAGGACGAGUACGCUCUCAUCUGCCUGAAACCGGUUUAUGGACUCUCAGAGGCCCCACUGGCAUGGCAACUCUACCUGCAUCAGUGCCUGGCGGAGAUGGGCGCGGUUCAGAGCGUCUUCGACGAGAACUACUGGGUCUGGCGACAGCCUCAACGGGAUGACUCAAUCAUCCAAUGGCCAGUCGCUAGCAUCACGACUCACGUGGACGAUCUGGCGGCGACCGCAGGUCAGAAGUGGCUGGACACCAUGUAUGCACGCAUGGUGGCGAAGUUCGGGAAGCUAUCAAGGCAAGUUCUCCCUUUCGCUCAUUGUGGAUGCACCUACUCGCGCAUCGCUGACGGCUACAAGAUCGACCAAACAGACUACGUCAAGAUGCUGAAGGCGCCAGAGAUCGAGAAGGAGAUCGCCGACGACCAUCCUCAUCCUCUCAACCCGCAGCAGGUCACACAGCUGCGAUCUGUCGUUGGUGGAUUGAUGUGGGCAUGUGUGACACGCCCUGACAUCAUGGCUGAGCUGGCGCAAUUGCAGGGCAUCGUCACAAGGGCAUGUGGACGUCACCUACAUCAAGCCAAGGCCCUGGUGAAGCGAGCACAAGCUGACGCAGAAGCUUGCCUUAUCUACCUACCUCUACCACGUGUGGCAGUGGACUGGCACAAUGUCAUUUGCUGCAAUGAUGCGGUGCCCUCCAGCUCCAUCAAUGCCUUGGAGAAGCUGGACCUUGCUGGGAGCCGGGACAAGUCAGGGGGCAAGGGUGAAUGGUGCCAGCAGCACAGGGUCGAGGUCAUCUUUGAUGACUCCAUGGAGGAUCGUGCGAAGGCAGCCCAAGUCUACCCGGUGGAGCUGGUGGAGGCCAUCCUGAGAGGCCUGCGGAGUGAGAUGAGGAAACGAGGACAGAUCAAUAGCGUGGAGGAGAUGCUGACGGGAGCCUCGCCGGACGAUUGGGUGGACCAGGAGAGGGAGAACCAAGAGGUGGACGAGCUGUUCAUGGACGACUCGUCGGGGACGGUUCUGCCAGCCGAGCUUGUGAGAAAGGCGAGAGCUGAGGAGUUGGACUGGCUCCGAAAGGAGGCGGUCUACGAAAGAGUUCCGAGGAAGCUCUGCGAGCAGAGCGAGCAGAGGAAGCCACUUCAACUGAAGUGGUUAGAUGUGAAUAAAGGAGAUGAGGAGAAUCCGAAGGUGAGGAGUCGGCUGGUGACGAAGGAGAUCAAGAAGGCGAAGAGGCCAGAUCAACAACUAGGCGCGGAAGACACCUUCGCCGCAACGCCGCCUGUAGAAUGCGUCAUGAUGAUCUUGAGCCUGUUCAUGUCGCAGAAGGGCAUCAAGAAGAAGAGGAAGCUGGCGGUGUGGGACAUCUCCCGGGCGCACUUCAUGGGCAAGGCAGAACGGGAACUGUUUGUGGAGCUCCCGCAGGAAGACUUAGUGCACCCGGAGGAUGAGGAGGCGAUGGUGGGGAGACUCCUGCGGAGCAUGUAUGGCACGCAGGACGCGAGCAAGAUCUUCCAGAUGGACUACCAAGGUCUCAUGGAGAAGGAGAAGGGCGAGUUCAGCAAGCUGUGCCCUGCGCUGUUCAAGUUUCAGGAGCGAGGCAUCAUCGGGCUGGUGCACGGAGACGAUUUUCUGGUACUAGCGGAGGACGACCAGCUGACCUGGAUGGAUGGCGUCCUCAACAGCAAGUACAAGGCCCGGUGGGAGGCGACAGUCGGAGACGGGGAGCUGGACGGCAAGGAGAUGUUCUUUCUCAAUCGGCUCAUCAGGUACGUGGCAGAUGGAACGGAUGGAAAACGCUUGGAGGUGGAAGCGGAUGCGCGGCACGCGGAGAUCCUGAUGAGGUCGUUUGGGUUCGACUCCAAGACCAAGGGCAGCGACAUCCCGGAGGAUAAGAUUCGGGAUCAGGACAUCAUUGUCGAAGAGCGCUCCGAGACGUUGGACGAGGCCCAGACCGGUGAGUUCAGGUCUAUGACUAUGAGGCUGGCUUAUCUGAGCCAGGACAGGCCGGAUGUGAUUCACGCCUCGAGGACGUUGGCGUCGGCCAUGAAGAGCCCGAAGAUGGGUGAUUGGCUUCGGCUCAAGAAGGUGGUGCGGUACCUGCUGAAGUACCCGUAUAUGAAGAGGACCUUCUUGGAGCAGAGGCCUGAGGAGGUGGACGUGCUGGCCUGGUCCGAUUCGGAUUGGGCCGGAGACCUGAGGACGAGGAGGAGUACCACGGGAUCGGUGGUGAAGAUUGGGCAUCACACGGUGCUGAUCAGAGCCGCGGGACAGAAGGUGGUGGCGCUGAGCUCUGCCGAGAGUGAGUUCUACGGCAUGUGCAGGACAACAACGCACGCGGAGUUCAUCCGCGGGGUCAUCAACUUCUGGGGCUACGCGGUGACGAGAGUCAUGCUGAAGGUGGACAGCACGGCGGCUCGGGCAAUGAGCCUUCGGAAGGGUGUGGGCAAGACGCGCCACAUCCAGGCGAGGUUUCUUUGGCUGCAGGACAAGGUCUUCGCCAAGGAGGUCGCGGUGGUGAAGGUUGAUGGGAAGGAGAAUGAGGCGGACCUGGUGACGAAGGUCCAGCCGGCCACGAUGAUCAAGGGGACGCAGCUCUUUGGUGUUGUUCGACACGCAGAGCGCGCGGACGGGGUCUUUGCAAUCUGGGAGGGUACGCGAUGGUGCAGCUCUGACGAUGGGCGGAGGUUUCCGCUGGACCCACCACUGAGUGAUGCCGGCCUUGAUCAGGCCGACGGCAUGGGUCGGCGCAUCAGCAGCUUCGCGGAGCAGAAGGGUACCUCCUUCCAUGUGGUGGUUUGCUCGCCCUACGCGCGAUGUGUGCAGACUGCGGUCAAAAUUUGCAAGCAGCUAGGCAGGGACGAGCUCGGAGCUCGUAGCUGGGGAGAUCGACGUGGGCUGGGUCCAAAUUUGGAGCGCCGUGGUUGGAGUCCUUUUGACUUUCAGUGUGAGCAAGCUUGCUCUGAGGCUACCCAGUUGUGA